GUGAGACCAGAACUUAAUCGGCCUGGCAACCCAACAUGCGGAAAUUCAGCCUGUCUUGGCUUUCGCGAACUUGUCAUCACAGGCUUUCUUUUUAGCCUUCUCAACCUAAUCUGUGGUCUCUUCAUGAUCCUGCUCAGUCAGUACCGCCGAUCUUCACGCCUCAGAACAGCCUGUCCUAACGAAAUCCUCACCAAAAUGGCCACCCACUCUCCCUUCACUAUAUCACCUCGAGACUGGCACACUGCCAAGCCUUGUUGUCAAGGCAACGGACAUAAUCACUUUUCUCCAGCCAAGACAGUUCAGUCCCUAGGACCGAUCAGCACACCUACGUCACUGAGUGAUCUCAGAUUGCCGUUGGCCAGUAUCAUCACAACAGAUGCGGUCGGCAAUAACCAUACUCUCAACCCUGCCAUGACAACCAUAUCAAGUCUGCCCAUUCGAUUGAGAGAAAGCGCCCAAUUGUCUUCUAGUCCCGUCGGCAGUGUCAACCUAGUCCGUCUUCCAAGGCUCGAAUUGGACUCGGCAAGUUGUGAGACAGAUCAUGGGCUCCUGGCGGAUACAGCGUACGGACGCCUGGUCACAUCGCCAUUUCCGUUUUCCCUUCCGUUGUCGACGCAACAAGGACACAAAAGAUCCUCUUGUACAGUCUUUUCACCAGUUGACCUCGCAAGGCCAGCUUCGUCUGAGCGCCAAGAAGUCUAUCUCUUUUGUGAAGACGAGUCUCCGUUCGCGACGAUGCCAUACCGACCGAAACAACCCAGUGUUUCACAGAGAGACCAAAGGAAUAUACAGUCGCUAAGCCCGAAAAUUGCACUGGUCCCUGAGGCGACACAAUCUGUUCCGUUUAUGUGGCCUUCGAGAGAAGUGGCGAAUUCCACAGGACAUGGAAUGGAUCCCAGAGGGUCUGUCGAUCUUUCGAAUACGAUAAGCAGAACACCAGCUAACUCUGUGUUCAGAUUGGAUCGUUUAGGCAACCUGACCAAGCAGCAAUCAAGUCUCUUGUCGGAGGCGAAGUAUGUGGAAGCGAUGAAUUGUGGCAUCUAUUCUACCAACGCUCCUAUUCAUCCCUCAAUAGACACAGAGCCCGAUGGAUUGGAUAAUUAG